CGCAAGUAUGUGAAAGAGCUCUUCUCUUUAUUGUUUUGUUUUAGCGGCAUGACUGCUUGGAGACAAUAGCCACUAUCACAACAGCUGUUUCAAAUUAUACGAUUUCUAUCACGCGAGAUUCGUGCGGAAUAAUAUUUAGCCUUCCCCAUUUAUACAUAGUACAUCACAUAUACGGAACAGCAUGCAGAUCUCAUCUUCGAACGAUGUCAUGAGCCAAUAAGCAAGAGGAUUUUGUUUUCUGUGGUUAUGGCAUAGUGCAAGUGCAUGGACGCGUUAUACAGAGAUUUGUAUAGUAAUCAAUGCAUGUAAUUAAUGUGAUUAAAUUCAAUAAUGGCCGAAAUCGAUGCUAAAAGAGAGGCGAGGAGGCGGCGAAUAUUAGAGAACUCGGAAAGUCGAUUGCGCAAAAUUACAAAGCGCAAUCCCGAGAGUAUCAAGGAUAAUUAUAAACGAGUGGAGGACGACAAUCUUGAAGUGCGGUCAAAUUUGGAAGAAUAUGACAUCAGAAAUGGUAUAUGUAGUGCUGUUAGUGAAAAAGAAUUGCAAGAUUAUAGGAGACUCGAUGAAGAUAGACAUGACAGCCUCCCAAGUGACUUAGAUGAUAGCGAAAAGCGUGUAUCCGAGCCAGUAUCCAGAGUGGAGUUUAUGUUAUGCACACUGCUGUUUAGUCGUAUCAAUUUUGUUCUGCUAGCCAUAGUUGUCAACAUUUUACUAUUGCUGAAGCUGGAUAACUUGUUUGGACAGACGAUCAUUAUACCAUACUCAUUACUGAUGCUGGGGCGCCUGUACAGUUGUAACAGAUUUCACGUAGUGCAAGACGGCAGUUUAUUGAUCACUGCAUUAAUAUUGUGCAAUAUCAAGCCCAAAUUGAUUUACAAGUUCAAAACGUCACUCACGCUGCUCAUUUUUCUACUCGAUGACUUUGGUUUGUAUAUGUUUAGUUUUGUGUUGAUUCGCUACGUUGUCGUCUGUUACUAUCAGUAACAGUACUGCAAUAGCGACAAGUGUGCAAUCGCUUAUGAUAGUCGAAGUAACAAAGUGAAGUGUGGACGUAAACUGAACGUGAGAAACUUGAUUGGUGAGAACAUUCUACAAUGUCAGGAGGAAGACAGGAUGUUUUUAAGAGAAUAUAAAUUUCGAUGUGGGUAUAUCGUGUCAUGAGACUUUUAGGUAAAAUGUAGAAAUAAAAUUUCUACAUCUUCAGUAUCUUGCAUUGUGACAUUUGCUACAUUCAUCGAACUCAACAGUUGAACAUUACUAAAUUUUCUGUUGAAUGACCAACCUGGAACAUCGUUCAGUGGAAAAGUUAGGAACAUUGUCCAACUGUUGAAUCUACUGGAUGCAGCAAUUAACUGCAAGGUGAUUUGGACUGGGUGAUUGUCAAUGGUUUGUCAGUGCUGUGGCAAAUGGCCAUUAAACUUCACCAUAUGUGUAAUAUAUUUGUAAAAAACAUAUUUUGUACAAAAAUUAAAAUAGUUCUUUUACCAUUUA